CUCUGAAACACAGCCAUCCUUCCACAGUUUAUGAAGUUAACGCCCUCAAACUUCUCGUAAAAGGGAAGCGGAGGUGACCUCAGAUAGAAACUGAAAGGCGCUGAUCGCUGCUCCUUGGUGCCGCCCUCCCUGAAUUUUGGAGUUUUCUUUCUGGUUUUGGAAGAGUCACAUAGAUGAAUAAUUUGUGAAAAAUUUUUGAGAGAGGAGAAAAAUAUGAAAGUUGGGAACGCUACUUGGGAAUGGACCUGCUGUGUUUGUUAGUGAAUGUACGACACAUUAUUCCUGCGUCUCCUGACACUGGAUUUCUGGAAUGUUUCUUCUGCUCUGGAUUCUCGUUUGGAUCUUUCAUGUGGUUACUGCAGAAGCGGUGACAGAUUUUGCAGUGACAGGACCACCUAACCCUAUCAUAGGGGUUGUCAAGGGAAACGUGGUCCUGCACUGUCAGUUGGUGCCAGCCAAAGCCCCACAGAAUAUGGAAGUCCGCUGGAUCAAUAUAGUCAAUGGCUACAACUCACCUGUCCACAUGUACAAGGAGGGAGCAGAUGAUUUGACAUUCCAGCCUUUGGCCUACAGAGGCCGGACUGAACUGUUUCUCAAUGAAGUGGCGCAAGGGAAUCUCUCCCUCAGGCUCAAGGAUGUCCAAGUCUCUGACAGGGGACUGUACAAGUGCUUUGUGGCAUCUGAUGAAAAACACCAUGAGGUCAAACUCACGCUGAAUGUGGCAGGUACAGGCCGCCAGCCCAGGAUCGAGAUGGAGGGCCAAAUGGGCGAUGGCAUCAGACUGGGCUGCAGAUCCGAAGGGUGGUACCCACACCCGUCCAUCCUGUGGGUAGACGGAGAUGGUGUAAACAUGACGGCCCAGCAGCAAAUCACGUACCAGCCGGACCCUCAGGGGCUGUUCACAGUCAGCAGCUCCAUCGCGAUCCCCAAGCAGUCCCCCAACAAGUACAGAUGUGUCAUUAACAAUGUGAUCCUGAAGGAGACACAGGAGGCUCACAUCCAGAUCGCAGAUUCCUUCUUCCCCAAUGUUUCUGGAUGGCUGAUAGCGUUCUGGAUCCUGUUUGCUCUGAUUGUUGCAGCAGUUGCUCUCGCAGUGUGGUACCAUCGGAAAUUACAGAAUAAGAUUCAAGGCCUCAAGAAGUCUGAUGGUUUCCUUGAACAUCAAAGGCUGCUGGAUAUCAUGGAGCAAGAGAAGAGAAAGGUGCAUGAAGAGCAUCAAAGACUGCACCAGGAGAUAGAGAACGCGAAGCAAGCAAGGAAAAAAGAAUGUGAAGAACUCCAGCAGUUGCACGAAAAGAAAAUGGCCACCAUUAUUGCAGAACACGAACAAUUUAAGAAACAAGUUGAUGAAGAGAGGGAGACAGAGAAAGCAGAAUAUCAGAAGCUACGCACUGAAUUUGAGCAAUGGAGACCUCUGGUCCAGUCAGAGUGGAACAGGAUACGGAGCUAUGCAGCCCAUGUAAAGAUGGACCCUGAAACAGCCAACGCGUGUCUGACGGUGUCUCCAGACAGGCUGAGUGUGCAAGCCGGAGAUGCACAGGAUGUCCCAGACAAUCCGGAGCGGUUUGACUCUGUCCCUUAUGUGCUGGGCAUGGAUGGUUUCGCGGAGGGGUCCCACUACUGGGAGGUGAAGGUGGCUGACAAGUCCUACUGGGAUGUAGGCGUCACCAAAGGCUCAGUGCAGCGCAAGGGCAUGCCUGACCUGUGCGCCGAUGCUGGGUUCUGGACAAUUGGGAAGGAUGGUGAGCCAUAUGGAAUAAGUGAUGCGCAACGCUCCAAAGUCACAGUAACGACCAGUCCUGGAACGAUCGGGGUGUUCCUGGAGAUGGAGGCAGGAAGGGUGUCUUUUUACAAUGCCGAUGACAUGUUCCACCUUUACACAUUUCAAGUCAACUUUUCAGAAAAGGUCUACCCAUUCUUUUGGCCUGGCUGGGAUAAGUCGCCCUUAACUGUCUGUCCAGUCAAGAACUAGUGAACUGAUGUCUCAUUAAACACUAACAUGGUUAAGACUGACACAUUAAUUUUACCAGUGAGUCACUUGCUAACAAGUGCUCUGGAAGUGUAUAAAAUUUUAAAGUGCCUUUCAAGUUGAUGGGAAAGCAAUGACCAAGGUCAGGCUGCAUAUUGACCAGGAAUCUAAUAUGGCCAGGUUCUAAGGACAAAGGCCUGGUCAAAUUCUUUGAUGUUUGGACAUUAGACUCCCAAUUUUUGAAGUGAAGCCAUCCACAAAGAGCUCAUCAUCUGACGAUUUUCUAAGUUGCAUUGAGGAAACAUGACCCAGAAAGAAACACCACGCCAAUUGCAAGCCAAGGAAUUCUCAUUGAAAGACAAGAAAUCUCACACACUGCAAUCUAAAUUAGUUAGGAAGGAGGUUGGAAGAAGUCACGUUUUUGGUUGUAACCUUUGUAAUCUGUUCUCUGUGUCCUGUGUGCUGUGUCCUGUGUGCUGUGCCCUGUGUGCGCUGCUCUCAUUUGACAACAUUGUCAUGCUAUUCCAAGACAUGGGUAAAAGUGGGUUUUGCAGAGAUGCGAUGAAACCGUACGACAACUAAAUACUGCCAAUACUUUCUUUUUGCCAAGAAACUUAUGGGAUAGAAUUAUUUAUGGAAAAAAAAAAUCAUGAGGCUCUUCUCCAAGAAAAAUAAUGAACAAAUAAAACCAGGAUAAAAAAGGCCAAGCAAGACAGGCUGACCUUCAGAUAAUGAAGUCCGAUGGUAAUGGAUGCGAGAACCCUUGAUUGAAUACAAUGACCUGGUGCUGUCUGAUUCACGACUGACUCUGGAGUGAGGUGUGUGACAGGAGCUUAAGCAGUUAAUUUACCAAGUGCAGCAAAUUCAAAUGUUGUGUUGGAAAGGUACUACAAAUAGGAGGGAAACUAUGGACUCCAAUGAAGGUUGUUGCUCGGACAUUUCAUCGGUUCAGUUACCAAGGCCUCUCUAAACCCUUGGGGCUCCCCUUCUCACAGUUUUCAGUCUGUGGCCCCCCUCAAAUGUGAGCCUAAGGAGGCCAAUAGCUCCUGUUGAGAACGGCUGACCUAGACGUUAAGUACUGUGAAAUAAGAGAGAGAAAAAGAAUUAUAAUGUUACUCAGCUGAAUGAGGACGCAUUGUAACUGAAUACAAACUGAAUACCAUCCAUUCCAUUCAGGGACAAUGGGGCUGUUCUAUUUAAAUCCUGUUCUUCCAUACACUCUGCACUCACAGAAAGAGUAGUCAUCUUUUAAUUCUAUGUAAUGCAUUGAAUUUUGUAAUAUUUUUAUUUACAA